AUGUCAACCCACGCCUGUGCUUCGCGCUCCGUCAGGUAUUUGGAAAAGGCCUCGACAGCAGUGAUUUUACUAUGGAUUUUGUAUUUGUUGGAAACAGUGAGACCCGUGGUAGGUGACCUUCCUCACGUGCGCGUGGAUUCGGGACUCAUCGCUGGAACACGCGUACAAGUCGCCGAGAAAGAGGUCGAAGCCUUCUUGGGAAUUCCUUACGCGGUGCCGCCGAUUGGCGAACUCCGCUUUAAAAAGCCACAACCGACCCUGCCAUGGAAUGGUACCUACAACGCUUCAAGUAAGCCGUCUCCGUGUUGGCAGCUGGACCUUCAUUUUAUAGAAAAUGGUGCUCUUAAUUAUUCGAGUGCAUCGGAGGACUGUCUUUAUUUGAACAUCUGGAGGCCCAUGUCACCAUGUCUGAAGACGAACUCAUGUGACAAAAAGCUCCCUGUCGUUGUUUUUAUACACGGUGGAGCAUUCCAGUGGGGUGACUCCUCUCUCUUCUUGUACGACCCGGCGAACUUUGUGGCCAUGUCCGAUGUUGUGUUUGUGACCUUUAACUACCGGCUAAGCAUAUUAGGGUUUCUCUCACUCGAAAUACCUGCGUUGCCUGGCAACAUGGGUCUUUGGGAUCAGAACCUGGUGCUCAAGUGGGUACAAAAGAACAUUGCCAACUUUGGAGGUGAUCCGAACGAAGUGACUCUCAGCGGCCAGAGUGCCGGUGCUAUCUCCGUGGGACUUCACGCAAUUUCUCCGCACAGCCAGGGCCUUUUUAAGAGAGCUAUUCUGCAGAGUGGAACGCAGCUUUCAACCGUCUUCGGCGUGUCUAACAGGGGUACUGCUAAAAAUACCGCCAUCACGGCUGCUUUGGGAUGCUUCGAAAACGGUAAAACCAUGAAAGAGCAGCUGAACCAAGUGGCAAAUUGCUUGACGAAGCUGGAGCCAAAAUUUAUUUUUGAUACGCUAAAAUCACAAGAUAUGAUCCAACAGCUGUUCAUGCCAGUGGACGGAGAUGACUUUCUUCCUGAUGACUUAUUAUCUAAUAAGAAAUGGAACGGGCUAUUCUUCAAAGAAAUCUUAAUAGGCAGUUUUGCGAACGAAGGUACGCUCUUCAUCAAUCACUUGAAUUACAGGCUUCCGUCUUUAUUCAAACUUUUCACUGGUGACUAUAGAAUAGCUUCCAUAGUCGCCCUAGGGCAUAUUUUCGAUAUUUCGUUGGCACUUCGAAAACGAAUCGUCCAAGCCUACUUCGGUGACGAGGGGCGACAUGAGCUCAAGGAAGUGGCAGUAAUUUUAAGCAAAAUGUUUGGUGAUGCCAUUUUCUACUGUCCAACUCAGAUAUUUGCUGAUGCGACUGCUAAGCUGGGAAUAACCACGUACAGAUACCUGUUCGACUACAGGCCGUCUUACAGCUUCUGGCCUGAGUGGACUGGGGCUUCUCACGGCGACGAGCUUCUGUUCACACUUGGAUCACUGCCUUUCCUGAAAGAUGAAUCCAGAUACACCGAGCCCAUGGGAGAAACGGCACGAGCGUUUUUCUCUCAGCUAAAUUUCACGACUGAAGAAGAAACCUUCAUGAAACAACUUGUGAGCACUUGGAAUUCAUUUGUCCAAACAGGGAAACCAACGAUUCCUGUGUCUGGUGUUGAAUGGCCACGGUAUACAGGAAAAAACCCUCAGCUGCUUCGUUUGCAUCCCACCAACUACAAGCUGGGGCUGGACGAAAAGCGGGACCUUUGCAAGCUGUGGGAACCUCUCCUACUCAAGCAGUAA